AUGUUUCGCCGGCAUGUGCAGCUUUUCUGGCGCUACAGCAACACCACGAAAUGUGCUUUGAGGCGACUUCGUCGAGACAUCAGCUCGCCGUUGCGCAAGGUGUCCCAGGUUCCGCAAAUUCAGGUCAAUUCCGGGUCGCAGCGCAGGCUGGUGCCGUUGCGCAAGGUGUCCCAUAUACAGGCUCAGGUCACUUCCCGGUCGCUGCGCAGGCUGGUGCCGUUGCGCAGGCUCAGGUCGCUUCCCGGUCGCAGCGCUGGUGCCGUUGUGCAGGGUGUUCCAGGUUCCGCAGGUUCAGGCCACUCCCCGGUCGAAGUGCAGGCUGGCGCCGUUGCGCAAGGUGUCCCAGGUUCCGCAGGUUCAGGUCACUUCCCGUUCCCAGCGCAAGUCGGUGCCGUUGUGCAAGGUGCCCAGGUGCCACAGGCUCAGGUCACUUCCCCGACGCUGUGCAGGCUGGUGCCGUUGCGCAAGGUGUCCCAGGUGGCACAGGCUCUGGUCGCAGCGUAG